AUGAGUGGCUCAGAAAUAGAAUUUCUUAAAGCUCAGUUAGCAACAGCCAGAAGUGAGAUGAAAAACUUACGACAACAAAUAUCAACUCUGCAACACAUGCACUUAAAAGAGCACCAGCACAUUUUAAAACUGCUUGGAGAAUAUCGUUGUCAAGGAUGCCUGAAAGAACAGAACCACAACAGCGGAGAGAUAAACGAAAUUUCCGAUGACACCGGAAACGUAUGUUCUUUCAAACCGAUUGGAGUUAUAAAAACAGUGUUUAAUGAUAAGCGUGCUGUGCCACGACAAGCUUCUCUAGCCUCAGCCAUUUUGAGUAGAAUAGAUAUUUCAUCUAAAGUGUUCAACAAUCCGGGACACUCUCUGGAAGGUUUAGAAAACUUUUCCCAUCUCUGGAUCAUUUAUCACUUUCACCGCAAUCCCAAUCACGCAAAGGCGAAGGUGGCACCGCCGCGAUUAGACGGCGAGCGCGUGGGUGUGUUCAGUACAAGAUCACCACAUCGUCCAUGUCCAAUUGGGUUGUCGUUGGUGCAGCUUGAUAGAAUUGACGAUUCUAAAGUAUACUUUUAUGGAACAGAUAUGGUUGAUGGUACUCCUGUUUUAGACAUAAAACCAUAUAUUCCACAGUAUGACGUUCCAAUAAAUGUAAAAGGCGCGGAGUUUUUCAACUUACGCGAGGCACCUGAUGGGGAGGAAACGAGUCUGCACGGUCAAAAUCCCUCUACUUCAAAUAUUCAACCGAUUCCCAACGUAGCCGUACCGAAUUGGGUGUUGAGUAGUUCUGGUUUAAACGUAAUUUUUAACUCUAACGCUGAAGCCCAAGUUGAGGAACUGGGAAUAGAAAAGAAUUCUAUCACGGAAGUACUUAAGGCUGAUCCACGUUCAGUGUAUUUACGUACAAAGUAUGGAUCGCAAAUAUAUACGUUCCGAUUGGGGGAACACACUGUAACGUGCAAAUUCGACGACCAAAAUACCACCGUAACCGUCCUCCAGAUAAGAGAUGUUGUCAAUUUCCAAGAUGUAAUGGACGAGUGUUCAUCUGCAAAGGAAUAA